AUGACCGUGCCAGACGAGGUCGAUAUCAUUGUCUGCGGAGGUGGCAGUUCAGGAUGUGUUCCUGCUGGACGUCUUGCCAACCUCGACCACAACCUCCAGGUCCUGUUGAUUGAGGGAGGCGAAAGCAACCUCAACAACCCAUGGGUCUACCGUCCCGGUAUCUACCCUCGCAACAUGAAGUUGGACUCCAAGACGGCCACCUUCUACUACUCCCGUCCCUCGGAGUGGCUUGAUGGACGUCGAGCUGUGGUUCCAUGUGCUCACGUCCUCGGAGGAGGUAGCUCCAUCAAUUUCAUGAUGUACACUCGCGCAAGCGCCAGUGAUUACGACGACUUUCAAGCCAAGGGAUGGACUACAAAGGAGCUGCUCCCGUUGAUGAAGAAGCAUGAAACAUACCAACGUGCCUGCAACAACAGAGACCUUCAUGGUUUCGAUGGCCCCAUCAAGGUCUCCUUUGGAAACUACACCUACCCGAUCAUGCAAGAUUUCCUUCGGUCGGCCGAGAGUCUGGGGUUCCCGGUCACGGACGACCUCCAGGAUCUCAAGACCGGCCAUGGUGCUGAACAUUGGCUGAAGUGGAUCAACCGUGAUACCGGUCGACGCUCUGACGCCGCCCAUGCCUAUAUCCAUGCCACUCGUGCCAAGUACCAAAACUUGCAUCUCCAGUGCAACACCAAGGUUGACAAAGUUGUCAUCGAGGAUGGGGUUGCCGUGGGUGUCUUGACCGUGCCCACCAAGCCCGUUGGCGGAGCCAACCCUCCUCGCAAGUUCUGGAAGGCUCGCAAACUCGUCAUUGUGAGCUGCGGCACCCUCAGCUCUCCUCUUGUCCUGCAGCGAUCGGGCAUCGGUGACCCUGAGAAACUCAAGAACGUCGGAGUCAAGCCUAUUGUUGACCUUCCUGGUGUGGGUCUCAACUUCCAAGAUCAUUACCUUACCUUCGCCACCUAUCGGGCCACGCCCGAGACCGAGUCCUUUGAUGACUUUGUCCGGGGCGUACCCGAGGUGCAGAAGGCGGUGUUUGAGGAAUGGAAUCUCAAAGGUACCGGCCCUCUGGCGACCAACGGCAUCGAAGCCGGCGUCAAGUCUCGACCGACUCAAGAAGAGCUUGAGGAGAUGAAGACAUGGCCCACACCGGACUUCAGCCCCAGCGGAUGGGAGAGCUACUUCAAGAACAAGCCCGACAAGCCGGUCAUGCACUACAGCGUGAUUGCCGGAUGGUUCGGUGACCACCUUGACAUGCCCCCUGGCAAAUUCUUCACCAUGUUCCACUUCUUGGAGUAUCCAUUCUCCCGUGGCUUCACCCACAUUGUCUCUCCAGACCCGUACGAUGCUCCGGACUUUGAUGCCGGCUUCAUGAACGACAAGCGAGACAUGGCCCCCAUGGUCUGGGGUUACAUCCAGUCUCGUGAAACCGCCCGACGUAUGAACGCCUAUGCUGGUGAGGUGACGGCCAUGCACCCUCACUUCAGCUAUGACUCGCCGGCCCGCGCCCGCGACUUGGAUCUCAACACUCGUAACUUGUACGCCGGACCCAACCAUAUCACUGCCAACAUCCAACACGGAAGCUGGACCGCGCCGCUCGAGGCAGACAAACCUGUCGAGGUUACCAAACUCAACUCGAACCGUGCUCCAUACCGUGAGAAAUUGAAGUACUCCAAGGAAGACAUUGCCCACAUUGAGAAAUGGGUCCAGCGUCACGUCGAGACCACCUGGCACUCCCUUGGAACCUGUAGCAUGGCUCCCAAGGAGGGCAACAGUAUCGUCAAGCACGGCGUCCUGGACGAAAGACUCAAUGUUCAUGGCGUCAAGAACUUGAAGGUCUCGGAUCUUAGUAUCUGUCCUGAUAAUGUCGGUUGCAACACUUUCUCGACUGCUCUCCUCAUCGGUGAAAAGUGUGCUGUCCUCGCUGCCGAAGAUCUCGGAUACAGCGGCGCCGCUUUGGACAUGAAGAUCCCGCCUUACCAUGCACCGGGCGAGUUGGUCGGUCUGGCUCGUUUGUAA